CACGCCGUUAGGUCAGCUGACUAUGAGCUGUCAUGUGGUGUUCACAGACAGCGGAGAGUAUGCGGAAAGUGCAUCAAUAAACAACCGGGCUCCCUUUAAAGAGAGCACACAGCUCGGUGGUUGUUGUGUUACAGGUUCGUUUCUGUCCUCCAACAUGGCUUGGACAAAAUAUCAGCUGUUCCUGGCGGGGCUGAUGCUCACCACUGGCUCCAUCAACACCUUAUCCGCAAAAUGGGCUGACAUGUUCUCAGCAAAGGGUUGCCAUGGUAACCCUGAACACACCUUCUCCCAUCCGUUUGUACAGGCUGUGGGAAUGUUUCUGGGCGAGUUCAGCUGCCUCGCCGUCUUCUACAUCUUGCUGUUCCAUGACAAACGCAGCCCAGAGCCGAGAAUGAAUGUCGGCCAGAGCUUCAACCCUCUACUCUUCUUCCCUCCUGCAAUGUGUGACAUGAUGGCCACGUCCAUCAUGUAUGUUGCUCUCAACAUGACGAGCGCCUCCAGCUUCCAGAUGCUUCGCGGCGCCGUCAUCAUCUUCACCGGUCUCCUGUCUGUAGCUUUUCUGGGUCGUCGGCUCGCACCCAGCCAGUGGCUUGGCAUCUUCAUCACCAUCCUCGGCCUGGUGGUAGUUGGACUCGCCGACUUUGUUAGCGGCCACAGAGAUGACUCCCACAAGCUCACUGAUGUCAUCACAGGUGAUCUCCUGAUCAUCAUGGCUCAGAUCAUCGUUUCGGUGCAGAUGGUGCUGGAGGAAAAGUUUGUCUACAAGCACGAUGUGCAUCCUCUUCGAGCCGUUGGAACUGAAGGUUUGUUUGGUUUUGUCGUCCUUUCCCUGCUGCUCAUCCCCAUGUACUUCAUCCACGUCGGGGACUUCAGCGACAAUCCUCGGCAGGUCCUGGAGGACGCGCUCGACGCCUUCUGUCAGAUCGGAUACAAGCCCCUCAUCCUCUUGGCUCUCCUGGGCAACACGGUCAGCAUUGCCUUCUUCAACUUCGCCGGGAUCAGCGUCACCAAGGAGAUCAGCGCCACCACCCGGAUGGUGCUGGACAGCCUGCGUACGCUGGUCAUCUGGGUGGUGAGCCUGGCCCUGGGCUGGGAGCAGUUUCACGGCCUGCAGGUUCUGGGAUUUUUGGUCCUGCUGACGGGCACGGCGCUCUACAACGGACUGCACCGCCCCCUGCUGGCCAGGAUACCGUGGUGCGCCGCCAGGAUGAACCUGAACGAUGAAGGCAGCGAUGCGGAAAGAGAGAGACUGCUGAAUGAAGGAAGGGUGCCGGCCAGUGAAGACACAUAAACUGAGCUGAAACACUCGGCAAAAACAGUUCCACAGAAACUGCAGCUCCUGUAAAUGCUGUCAGGCAUCUUUAUGCAUUUUCUGUUCAUGCCUCAAGUUUUCACUGAUCUCAUAAAAUGCUGUAAUAUGAAACUGUU